CCGGAGGUGCUGACAUGCUUCACUCCUCUCAUACCUCUUAUAUCUUUGGGAAGCUUGACAUGCCAUAAUCUUUUUACAAAUCAAUCAAAAAAGAGAGGUCUUCAGUAAAGGCACUAAGAAGAAAACUGUGUUCUGUCAUUCCUGGAACCAUCUUCUCAUAUUGUAUGUUUAGCUCGCUGCAUUGAGUAGCCAUACACUCAACCGAGGGCAGAAGAGUAAAAAGAUUAUCUACCUAUCAAGCACCCAAGAUGUCUCAGCCUGAAGCUACACCGCCUAUGUCCCAGAUGGUGGCCCGGUCGGAGUGCCACUCACGUUCUUCACGCCGUUCGUCCACCAGCCAAGCUGCAGCACGAGCCCGAGCAGACGCGGAAGCUGCCCGCACCAGAGCAAGGUACGCCAAACGCCAGAUUGACAUGGAGGUUGAGAAUGCGCGCAUCGAGGCAACGCUAAAAGCUCUGAAGAAGGAGGGUGAGGCUGAAGCAGCACUUGCUGCAGCACAUGUCCUGGAAGCGGCAGCAGACGAGGAGCACCACGCCAUCGACCUCACUGAGCAAGGCAUCUCCCCUAAGAUGCCUCCUUCCAUCAGACGUGCUCAAGACUAUGUGAAGGCUCACUUCGCCGACUUCAGUUCGCUAGUGAAACAAGAAGAAAAGCCCGACACAGGACAACUGGUCAGUCAUAACGACUCUCACCAUCUACAACAGAGCCAAACACCAGUCGCUACCUCUCCAGGUGAACAUCUCAUUGAUUUUGUAGACCGGGAGCAGCUGAAGUUCCCCCCUACACACAUAAAAAUGGACAUUCCACCUCAGCCUAGACCUUCAGCGACUCCACAGACUGAGCUGCCGGAUCUAGCAGCCUACCUAGCACGCCGUGAUCUACUGACAGCGGGAUUCAAGGUAUUCCCGCUGUCAGUAGACCGCCCUGAGUUCUACUUGUCCUGGAAGUCCAUCUUCUGCAACGCCAUAGAAGGCCUCAACCUCAAGCCCAGCGAACGAUAGUUGAAAAGCUCCCUUACGGACUCCAAGAGUCAUGGGUAAAACAAGGGACAAAAUACAAAAGAGACAAUGGUGCAGUUUACCCACCUUUCUCAUUCUUCGUUCAGUUUGUAAAUAACUAUGCUGAUAUGAAAACAGACCCUAGCUUUAUGUUACAAAGCGCAAACAUAGUAGCUCCAAGAGUUGACAAGACACUGAUA